CUUAGUGAUUGAUAAUUGUUAGGAGAAAAACAAAAUAACCGUCAUGUGAAAUCGUGGAUGUAAUUUUGCCAACUGAUUGCAAUUAUUUUAUUCCAGUAAAAGUUAAACUUUUUAUUUAUUUUAGUUCAGAAACUACUACACCGGUCGACAAAGAAAAUGGGUCUCUGCAAGUGUCCCAAAAGGAAAGUUACAAAUCAAUUUUGCUUCGAGCAUCGUGUGAAUGUUUGCGAACACUGUAUGGUCACAAAUCAUCCCAAAUGUGUGAUCCAAUCAUAUAUACAAUGGCUACAAGAUAGUGAUUGCAAUCCUAUCUGCACAUUCUGCAAUGAAACAUUGGUCAGCAGGGAAUGUUGUCGAUUAACAUGCUAUCAUGUCUAUCAUUGGGGGUGUCUGGAUGCUCACUGCAGAAGUUUACCAGAGUCUACAAAUGCUGCAAAUUAUGAUUGUCCAACAUGUAAUACUCACAUCAUUCCACAGCCAAAUUUGGUAUCUCCUGUAGCAGAUGUGCUGAGAGAAAAGCUCAAUGGAGUCAAUUGGGCAAGAUUAGCUCAAGGACUUCCUUUGUUGAGUUUUGAUAGAGAAGAAAAGCCGAAUCAAAUGUGUAAUGUUAUGGAAUCUGACAGUACUCAAUCAACUUCAUAUCAGAAUCAUGUUUCAACUUCACUGGCUACAUCCCGAGCAAGCAGUAUAAUGACAUCUCCUAAUACCAUUUCAAACAAUGCCGCUAAUCAGAAACUGGGACCUCCAUACUCUGUCGUCAAUAUGGAAUCACCUUCAGUCAUGUCUAAUAAUCCAACAGCAAGAAGAGUGUUUGAAGCCUAUGACGAUCCAAAGGAUUUUUCUUUUGAUCACGAUGAGAACAAAUAUCAGAGAAAAUCAGCGAUAGAAUGGUUUCUUAGAUGGUGGAAAAUGAUAACAAGAACUCCUGCUCCUAGAAGAAACCCUUCAGGAUCACUGCACAAACGAUAUGCUACUCUGGUUAUCAUUGGAAUUUUCCUAUUCGUCAUAAUCAUCAUGUUGUUCUCAUGGUUAGGAAGAAUGGCAACUGAUGGAGACCCUUCAUAUGAUCCUAUGAAUAACCCCAUGAUUAGGGUAGGAAACGAGCAUCAGUCUAACUAAUUGUAUAUAUUGCGCUGUUAUUGAGAUAAAAGCUUGCACUGUAAGAGUGGAAUAAUGCACUUACAUGUGCAAAAUCAUAAAAAAAUUUAUUGUAGUGAUGAAGAAACGAGAUUUUGGUUUCAUUAAUUGGACAAGUUGAUAGUAAACUGUUUUAAAGUCUUCUUACGUAUUGCUCUGAAAGAUUGUACGUAAGCAAGACCUGUUUAAUUAAAACAGAAUAAGCAAAUAACAUGUAUAACGUUAUAUUUAACUUAACUAAUUAUAGUGUCAUUUAUUAUUUGUUAAAGUAUGUUUGAAAGUAUAAAAUAAUUGUAAAUGAUAUUCGUUGUGAUUCUAUAACUUUUUUGUUUUUUUUUACCGGUACAAUAUAAAUUGGAACACUUGAGAGUGGUGACAACGCGAUUUGUAUAACGUGAAAUCAUAGAAAUGUUAGAAUUAUAUACGUGUAGAUGAGUGGUAGCAACAUUAAUUAUAUGGAAUAUGUACAUAAUAUAGUAACAUUACAGUAAAUGCUUAUGGAAAUAAGACUAGCUAUAAACGAAAAUGUACGAAAUAAGUCUAGUUGAAAAAUGGAACUAUUUGCAUAAAUUUUAAAUGAUUUCAUAAAAAUCACCAGUAUUCUUUAUUCCAAUUCUAAUUUAA